AUGCCGGUGGAUGAACAGCAGCUUAUUGAUUUGCUGGGAAAGAUUCCCGUGCAGCUCCGAGACUACACAAACCAUGCGGCCGAGUUUAUAGAUAAGAGCGUCGACCGCGCCGCCGACGUCGUUCGCGAUACCUUAAGCUCCCAGACCUGGAUCCCCGAUUCGAUCAGGCCCGCACCGCCAGCCAAGGUGCCCAUCGCCGUGGUGUCCAUGUCAACAUGGGAGCGGGCUCAGGAUUGGGUAUCCAAGCACAAGAUCCUAACGGGCGUCGUCGUCAUCGUCUGCGGAACCGCCGUCUUUAAGGGCUACCAGAAAUCGAAAUUCAUGCGCAAAACGCGGCGCGCAAAACGGGCUAGGAACGGCGGACGUACCGAAGUCGUCGUCGUGGCCGGCUCGCCCACGCUGCCCCUUACCAAGUCCCUGGCCUUGGACAUGGAGAGGCGCGGCUUCAUUGUAUACGUCGUCUGCGAUGCGCCCGAGGAUGAGAGAACAGUGCAGUCCUACGCCCGUCAAGACAUCAGCCCGUUGAAGAUUGAUACGACCAACCCCCCCAGUGCCGGGUCUGCCAUCGAAAAGUUUGCAGCAUACCUCCAGUCGCCACAUGCUCCCGGACCUCACAUCAAGCCGAACCAGUUGACUCUUCGAUCCGUAAUUCUCAUCCCCAGUCUUCAUUACCAGACCUCACCGAUUGCGACAAUACCGCCUUCGAGCUUCGCCGACCUGUUCAACACCCAUCUCCUACACCCUAUUCUCACCAUACAGGCUUUCCUCCCACUGCUCACAUCUCGACUACAGCCUAUUGGUGAGAAAUGGGUGCCGCCCAAGGUCAUGGUCUUGACACCCUCCAUCAUCUCGUCCAUCAACCCUCCCUUCCACGCCCCCGAAGCCACCGUCUGCUCCGCCCUUUCAGCCUUUACGGAGGUUCUGACUGCCGAGCUGCGGCCUCUUGAUAUUCCCGUCACCCAUAUGCAGCUUGGGACCUUUGACUUUGCCGGCUUCGUCCCUGCCCGAAACCUGGCCAUCGGCCAGGGCCAGCACACGACUGGCCAGCCCCAGGAGACGCUCGUGUGGCCGGACGGCGCCAGGCAUGUCUACGCCCGCAACUUUGUCGCGCAGACAAGCUCAGCCAUCUCUGGCGCGCGCAUCCGUGGCUUCAAGGGAAGCUCGCUGCGCCGCCUGCACAACUCUGUGUUUGACGUCAUUGACGGCUCCAUCACCAGCGACACGGUGCGCAUCGGUCUCGGAUCCAGCGUCUAUGGCUUCGUCGGCCGCUGGGCUCCGCGCGGGCUGGUGUCGUGGCUCAUGGGUAUUCGCCGCGUCGACGAGCUGUCGACCUGGAAGGCGAGCGAGGAGGGGUCCUCCCGCACACCCAGCGAAGAUGGCGACAAUGCCAGCCAUGAAUUCAUCGCGGUGCCGUCGGAAAUCAAUGCCUGGACAUUCGAGAAGGACAGCAAUCUCUGGACACCGACGAAAGAGCCGGCCGCGUAA